GGUGUUGCGUGGGUGUGUCACCUGUGGGGGUGUGUCCUGUGGGGGUGUGUCACCCGUGGGGGUGUGCACGGGGGUUGGGAGUGCCCGUGUUCUUACAGGUGUGCGUGUCUCUGUGCUCACCCACGUGUGGCACGUAGAGGUGUCCGUGCCUCCGUGCACACGUGUGCUCCGUGUACGUGUCCGUGCGCAGCCCUGUGUGCAGUCACACUCACUGUGCAUUCAUAGUCACUGUCCAGUCUCACUCCAGUGUCCACUCACGCCCGCUGGAUGUCCGUGGAUGUCCGUACACAAUCCUGUCCGCUCACACCCAAUGUCCAGUCUCACACCAAUGUCCACUCACACCCAGUGUCCACUCACACCCGGUGUCCACUCAGGCCCACUCUCAGGUCACACCCAGUGUCUGGUCACACCCACUGUCCACUCACACCGGGUGUCCAUUCACAUUCACUGUCCACUCACACCCCACUGUCCACUCACACCUACUGUCCAGUCUCACGCCAAUGUCCGUUCACCCCCAGUGUCCGGUCACACCGUGUCCCUCUGUCCGGUCACACCGUGUCCCCCUGUCCAGUCACACCGUGUCCCCCUGUCCUGUCACACUGUGUCCCUCUGUCCUGUCACACUGUGUCCCUCUGUCCGGUCACCCCCAGUGUCCGGUCACACCGUGUCCGUCUGUCCGGUCACACCGUGUCCCCCUGUCCGGUCACACCGUGUCCGUCUGUCCGGUCACACCGUGUCCGUCUGUCCUGUCGCCUCCGGGGACGCGGCCGGCGCGGAGGGGGCGUGGCCAGGAGCAUAAGGGGCGUGGCCACAGCAUGAAGGGGCGUGGUCAGGGCUAUAUGGGGCGUGACCUGGACCACAAAGGGCGUGGCCUGUGUCCUGCCAGAGAGGGGCGUGGUCGACCAGAGCCGCGGCCCCCGCGCCGCCGCGGCCGUUGCCGAGGCGGCAGCCAAUGGGCGGGCGCGUUGCUGGGAGGCGGCAGCCAAUGGCCGCGCGCGGUGCUGUUGCCGGGCUGCCCGUACCGGCCGUGCCGCGGCCGUCCCGGGGCGAUGCCGGUCCCGGCCCUGCCGGGCCAUGGAGAUCCGCUGCGGGGGUCUCCUCUUCAGCUCCCGCUUCGACUCGGGCAACCUGGCGCACGUGGAGCAGGUGCGGCCUGCCGAGCCGGGGGGCGGCCCCGCCGCCCGCGCCAGCGCGCUGCCCGCCGCCGACUACGAGUUCAACGUGUGGACGCGGCCCGACUGCGCCCACACGGAGUAUGAGAACGGCAACAGGUCCUGGUUCUACUUCAGCGUGCGGGGGGGAGCCCCGGGCAAGCUGAUCAAGCUGCACAUCCUGAACAUGAACAAGCAGAGCCGGCUGUACGCGCAGGGCAUGACCCCCUUCGUGCGCACGCUGCCCGUGCGGCCGCGCUGGGAGCGCAUCCGGCAGCGCCCCAGCUUCCAGGUGGUGGAGGCGCAGUUCGUGCUGUCCUUCGUGCACCGCUUCCUGGAGCACCGCGGGGCCACCACCUACUUUGCCUUCUGCUACCCCUUCUCCUACACGGAGUGCCAGGACAUGCUGGCACAGCUGGACGGCCGCUUCCAGGACUGCAGGCACAUGUCCCCCAGCAGCCCCCUGGACUCGGUCUAUUACCACCGGGAGCUGCUCUGCCACUCUCUGGACAAGCUGCGCGUGGACCUGCUGACCAUCACCUCGUGCCACGGCAUGCAGGAGAAGCGGGAGCCGCGGCUGGACAAGCUUUUCCCAGACACCAGCACACCCCGGCCUCGCUGCUUCACUGGAAAGAGGGUGUUCUUCCUCAGCAGCAGAGUCCACCCAGGAGAAACCCCCUCCAGCUUUGUCUUCAACGGCUUCCUGGACUUCAUCCUGCGGGAGGAGGAUCCGCGUGCCCAGAUGCUGCGGCGCAUGUUCGUGUUCAAGCUCAUCCCCAUGCUGAACCCCGACGGGGUGCUGCGGGGCCACUACCGGACCGACUCACGCGGGGUGAACCUGAACCGGCAGUACCUGCACCCCGACGCCGAGCUGCACCCCGCCGUCUACGGCGCCAAGGCCGUGCUGCUCUACCACCACGUCCACAGCCGCGUCCUGCCCGGCUCUCCGGACUGGAGGACGUUUGUCUCCCCUCUCAGCACCAGCUCGCUGAGCUUAAAAUCCCCCAACUGUCCCAUGCCAGCCGUGGAGGCCGCGCUCUCGGAGCUGGACAAAACCAACAACCUCCGCAACUCCCCCGGCAGCUGGCGUGCCGGCACCCGCGCCGGCCUGGCUGGUGGCAGCCCCAGGACGCCGGGCCAGGAUGCCCAGGUGUCAGACAGCACAGAGCCAGCCGCAUGGAUCCUCCCAUCGAGCCACAGCGGCGAGCGCUGCGAGGAGGGGCCGUGGGCACCUGCCCCAGCCCCCGCGCCCGAGGCUGCCGAGCCCGCAGAGCCCAUCGCACCCCGGGACAGCGGCCUGGCCUACUACGUGGACCUGCACGGGCACGCGUCCAAGCGCGGCUGCUUCAUGUACGGCAACAGCUUCAGCGACGAGAACGACCAGGUGGAGAACAUGCUGUUCCCCAAGCUCAUCUCCCUGAACUGCCCUCACUUUGACUUCACGGGCUGCAACUUCUCGGAGAAGAACAUGUACGCGCGGGACAAGCGCGACGGGCAGUCCAAGGAGGGCAGCGGCCGCGUGGCCGUCUACAAGGCCCUGGGCAUCAUCCACAGCUACACCCUGGAGUGCAACUACAACACGGGGCGCUCGGUGAACAGCAUCCCGGGGGCGUGCCACGACAACGGCCGCGCCAGCCCCCCGCCGCCGCCCGCCUUCCCCUCCCGGUACACCGUGGAACUCUUCGAGCAGGUGGGCCGGGCGGUGGCGGUGGCGGCCCUGGACAUGGCCGACUGCAACCCCUGGCCGCGGAUCGUGCUGUCGGAGCACGCCUGCCUGGGCAACCUGCGCGCCUGGAUGCUGAAGCACGUGCGGGGGCUGCGCGGCGCCGGCGCGGGCCCGCGGAGGAGAGGAGGUGCCAGGACCCCCCCCCGGAGCUCCACGGGGCUGCCCACCUCGGCCUCUGACAACGCACUGGCCCGUGCCAGGAGCUUCAGCCACGGCACCAGCGGCAGCGGGGGCAGCCAGCAGGGCUCCCCCCGGAUCCGGGCCUCCCCCAGCUUCACCUUCGGCAGCCCCCGGCCCCCGGCGGCCGCCGCGGCCCCGCAGAGCCCCGCGAGCGCCGGCAGCGCCCCGGCCCUGGGCAGAGGGACCAUGCCCAAGGGCGCCCGGGCAGCGCUGAGCACCGGCCACGGCCCACGGGAGGCGCAGCGAGGCGUGCAGCAGCUGCAGGACACGGCGCCUCUGCAGGUGCUGCCAAUGAAGCUGAACGCCCGCAGAGCCCCGGACAGGCGUGGGGCUCUGCCCGGCGGCCCCCGUGCCCCCCGCCGGGGCGCCGAGCACCGAGGGACCCUUCCCGUGCUGAGCGCUCCCGCGCCCCGAGCGCCGGCCCCGCUUUACCGGGCAGCACCGGCGGGGCUCCUGUGGCCCUGCUCCGCGCCCUGCCUGCAGCGCCUGGCCCAGGGCACGGCGCUGCCGCUGUCCCCCGCUGCCACCCCCCGGCAGCGCUCGCCCCUGGCGCGGCUGCUGCCCGCGGCGCCGCUGCUGCUGCGCUGAGCGCCGGCGGAACCACGCGGCUCUCUGCUGUAUCAUCGUGUUGCCGUUAAACUCGCUCUGGAGGAAGCUCGGCCUCGCGCCUCCCGGGGCCCGG